AUGCCUACCGCGGAGGAGGCUAUUUCUUAUUCUUCCGGCAAGGUAGCAUGGUUGACAGCGGAUCAACGGGUUGUAUGCGUCCGAAAUUUGACGACUGGAGCAGUCACGAAGUUUACGACAGAGACACGUGGCGUCAUUUGUCUUAUUCAUCUAUCUGAACAUUGUCUGUUUGCCCAAGCCUCAGGGUAUUGUACUGCUUGGGAGCUGUCGACCCAUCGGUCACAUCAAAUUCGACUUCCAUCUCCGCAUAUCCUAGAGAUCAAUGCUAGCCAUGACAGAGCUAUUAUUGUCAUCGGAAGACAUUCAGACCGUUCAACAGUUCUGAGUUGGCAUUUUGACAGCGACAACGUCCGGUCAGCCCAUAUCGAGGGUAAGCCUCUUUUCACGAGUUGGGGCAAUGGAGACAAUACAGAGAGCAAUAUUCUAUUUGUUGUUCAAGCCGAAAGAGAGGUCGGGUCGGAAUCGUACAGAUUCUUUAGACAGAGAUUCGCAGUGACUGAUCAUGAGAUCAACUUCCUUGAUACCAGAAUUCUAGCCUCUGAUCAAAAGUUCGACCUUGACUUUACAUCCUUUCUUCAAUUCCCACAAUUCAACCAAUUUAUCUGUCGAUAUCGUACUGUCGUUUCUCAACUUCUUCCGGUAAAAAUCUCUUCCGACGCCAUUUUCAUUAACUAUUCUACCAAGACGGAAGCCUUCGUGGUACGCAUCCCAGUACACAAAUUCGAAGAGGAGACGAUACUACAGGACAACAAAGGCAAAAUGCUAACUGUAGAUGGGACAAUCUACUAUCCACUCUCCUCCUGGCGUUAUUUCAGGGUCAAUCAAAUCCUUGACGAAAUGGACAUUUUGUUCACAGAUUUCUAUACCCAGAUCACCAUGGACUAUUUAGGAGACGGAGCAUGUUUUGUUGCGUUUGGUGACAAUCGACUAUAUGGUUUUGUGCAUACCGAGGGCAUCAAAGUCUGGUGCACAAAUCGUCGGAUCACCCGACAUCUACGGACUCGAACAGAUAAUGGUCCCGUCCCUCUUGUCGGUGCAAUCGAUAGCCCUCUGAAGUUCUUAAUGAUUUUCUUCCUCAUUCCCCUUGAUGUCUCAAUAGUGAGAGAGAAUCAUCUCACAAAAAGCACUCAUUGCAAUACCAAAGAUGUAAAUUCUACUUCUGCCAAAAAUCCCGAAGAUGCAUCAAGCCUCGAGUUCGCAAGCAAAGAAGCCUGCAUAAUCGAAACCGACUCCGACAACGACACCACCGACAGUGCUAAUGCAGAAGACGAAAUAACCUACCCCGAAGGAGGCCGCACAGCCUGGCUAGUGGUACUAGGCAGCUGGAUGUCCUGCUUUGGUUCAAUGGGCCUCAUGAACUGUCUCGGCAUCUUCCAAACUUACCUAGAUCAACACCAACUCCAGGCUCACUCCUCCAGUAGCAUAGCCUGGAUAUUCGGCAUUUACUCCUUUCUCGCUUUUUUCUGUGGCAUCGAAGUUGGUCCCUUUUUUGAUGCAAAGGGGCCUAGACCACUUAUUCUAUUAGGCGGAAUAGGAACUGUGAGCUUUUUAUUGUUGCUUGAGGUGUGCACGAAAUAUUGGCAUUUCAUGCUCUGUUUUGGACUGCUGGGAGGCAUUAGUCUAUCUCUUGCCUUUAGUCCCUCUAUAUCCAUUGUAGCGCAUUAUUUCUAUCGUCGAAGAGGAUUUGCGGUCGGCAUUGCAUCUUCAGGCGCUUCGAUAGGCGGUGUUGUGUUUCCAUUACUAUUUCAACAUGUUUCUUCCAGGUUAGGGUUUGCAUGGGCCACGCGGAUCAUUGCGCUUGUUGAUCUAAUCACCUUCAGUCUUGCUUUCUUAUUAAUUCCAAGACGCUUUCCAUCCAAACAGGCUACUUUCGAAAGACUUGUUCCGGAUCUAUCAAUCUUUCGACAGAGUGAUCUUAUGCUCGCUACUAUGGGAAUAUUCUUUAUGGAAUGGGCCCUGUUCAUUCCAUUGACGUAUUUGACCUCCUUUGCAUUGGAUAUCAAUAUGUCCUCCGAAUCGGCAUACAUGUUGUUAUCCCUCGUCAACGCCGCUGCCGUCUUUGGGCGCUGGAUACCCGGUUAUUGCGCUGAUCGUAUUGGGAGAUUCAACGCACUCAUCAUCACUAUUGCCAUGUGUUUGGUCUUUAUUGUUUGUUUUUGGAUUCCGGCUCAGUCUGAAUGUGUUAGAGAAGGGAAUGCAUCUGCCGUGGCGAUUGCGUUCGCGGUUCUGUUCGGGUUUGCGAGUGGGAGUAAUGUCAGUCUGGCGCCGGUUUGUAUUGGGCAGUUAUGUAAGAUUGAAAGAUUUGGGAGAUAUUAUGCCACGGCAUAUGUUAUUGUUAGUAUCAGUACCCUUACUGGAAUUCCUAUAUGCGGCGCUAUACUUCAGCGUUGCAACGGAGAAUACUGGGGAUUGAUUACAUUUGCUAUUGUAAGUUAUGCUGCCAGCUUGAUUUGUUUAGCAGCAGCAAAGAUAUCUCGUUGUGGAUGGGAUCAGGUGUUGGCUGUUUUCUGA